AUGUUUGCAGCUACAGCUGCAGGAAAACUAUUGCCUCCAUAUGUCAUUUACAAAUCCAAACAUUUGUAUGAUUUGUGGUGUGAAGGUGGUCCUGCUGAAGCCCUAUACAACAGGACCAAGUCGGGAUGGAUUGAUGGAAACACCUUUCUAGAUUGGUUCCAGAGAGUUGUUGUUCCCUACUGCCGUCGCAUCGAUGGAAAAAAAGUGAUUAUAGGAGAUAACUUGAGUUCCCACCUGUCUCCUGAAGUGAUCAGGUUAUGUGAGCUGAACAACAUUGGAUUUAUUUUUUUACCGGCAAACUCCACUCACCUAACGCAACCGCUGGACAUUGCUUUAUUUGCACCAAUGAAAAAGUGUUGGCGUAAAGUAAUGGAACAGGCCAAAUUGAAAUCAAAGUCCAAUGUUUUUGAUAAGAGAUUCUUUCCAGCACAUCUUAAAGAUGCAAUCCAUUUGAUGGUGGGUACUCUUGACAAAGACAUCAAAGCAGGAUUUGAUAAAGCUGGAAUACAGCCUGUAAACCGAAAUAGGGUCCUAGAAAUGCUACCAUCUGAGGAGGAUCAACUGGAUGAAGUGGAUAAUGAAGCAUUGAUAAACGACAGCUUAACAGCGUUCCUGAAGGAAAUGAGAUAUCCUGAGCAGAUAGAACCAGCAAAGAAGCGGAAGAAGAAGCUGAACAUCCCCCCUGGUCGUAGUGUAACAUCAAAGGAUUUUGAGACAAGUGAAGAAAAUUCAAGUGAAGAGGAGGAUGAACCAGAAGGAAUGAACAAUGAUUCCUCUGACAACUCCCUGCCAAGUUUAGGAGUUGUUGAACCAGAAGAACACAAUGUGGAGAAUGAGGAUGUGGAGAAUGAGGAUGUGGAUGAUGAAGAUGUGGAUGAUGAGGAUGUGGAUGUGGAGGAUGAAAAGCAAAUUGAAGAAGGGAAUUGGGUGCAAGUGAAUUUUCAAUAUGAUACAGGAGUGAAAACAUUCAUUGGUAAGGUCAUAGAAAAAUUGUCCAGUGAUAGGUUCAUGGGAUCAUUCCUUCGAGAAAAACCAUCAACAAAAAUGAAAAAUGUUCAUGUUUUUCCAGAUGUUCCGGACAUUACUGAAUUUAAAAAAGAACAGGUAUCAAAAUUUCUAAAAGAGCCUACAAGUAAGAGAGGAAGGUAUUUUUUCACUGAAAUGUAA